UUAAAUAAAAAUAAUACUUUUAGAAUUAUUUUUUUUUAAAUUUUCAUAAAAUUAUUUGCAUUUACAUUGUACAUCCCUGACACAUUGCCACGCCGCGUAUAAUUUCAGUUGUGUUGGCGAAAACAUAAAAAUAUUAUGCCGGCCGGGUUUAGAUUUAUUUGAAUGAUUCCUUAAACUAAAUACAAAGAAUAAUUCCCAAAAUGUUAGGUUUAUUUUCAAAAGGGCCAGGACUUCGUAUGUCCACCGAAAAACAAGAGAGUUUAUUAACAUUAUCAAUUCUUUCAAUUGCUGCUGUAUUAUCAUUUGCAACGAGGUUAUUUUCAGUUUUAAGAUUUGAGAGUGUUAUUCAUGAGUUUGAUCCAUAUUUUAAUUAUCGAACCACAAAAUUUUUAACAGAAAAUGGAUUUUAUGCAUUUCAUAAUUGGUUUGAUGAUAGAGCAUGGUAUCCUUUAGGGCGUAUUAUUGGAGGUACCAUUUAUCCUGGAUUAAUGGUCACUUCAGCCGUUAUAUAUAAUUUAUUAUGGCUUAUAAACAUUACUGUAGAUAUACGAAAUGUUUGUGUAUUUUUAGCCCCAUUAUUCUCAUCGCUUACUACUAUUGUUACUUAUUUGCUUACAAAAGAAAUCAAGGAUUCUGGUGCAGGAUUAGUUGCUGCAGCCAUGAUUUCAAUUGUUCCUGGAUAUAUAUCAAGAUCGGUAGCUGGAAGUUAUGAUAAUGAAGGAAUUGCUAUUUUUUGCAUGUUGUUGACAUAUUAUAUGUGGAUUAAAGCUAUUAAAACUGGCACAAUUUUAUGGUCAACAUUUGCAGCUUUGGCUUACUUUUAUAUGGUUUCGUCUUGGGGUGGUUAUGUAUUUUUAAUUAAUUUAAUUCCAUUACAUGUUUUAACUUUAAUGUUUACGGGACGAUUUUCACAUCGUAUUUAUGUUGCGUACAGUACACUCUAUUGCGUGGGAACAAUUCUUUCUAUGCAAAUACCAUUUGUCGGUUUUCAACCGGUUCAAAGCUCAGAACAUAUGCUGGCUUUUGGCGUAUUUGGUUUAUGUCAAAUUCAUGCUUUUGUUGAUUAUUUACGAGUUAAACUAUCACCAACUGAUUUUCAAUUAUUAUUUAAAACUUUAGUGUAUGGAGUUAUCGGCAUUGUUGGUGUUUUUGGAGGAAUUUUAACCCUUUCAGGAAAAAUUUCUCCAUGGACGGGUCGUUUCUAUUCAUUAUUGGAUCCAUCAUACGCAAAGAAUCAUAUUCCAAUUAUUGCAUCAGUCUCUGAACAUCAGCCGACAUCAUGGAGUAGUUUUUAUUUUGAUUUACAAAUUUUAGUAUUCUUGUUUCCAGCUGGAUUAUAUUUUUGUUUUUCGAAAUUAACUGAUGCUAAUAUUUUCUUGGUAUUGUACGGUGUAACAAGCAUAUAUUUCGCGGGAGUAAUGGUACGUUUAAUGUUAGUAUUGGCACCUGUCAUGUGUAUUUUGUCAGGUAUUGCAGUUUCUUCAUUAUUACAAACCUAUAUGCGAGAAGUUCGUGAGGUACAGCAUAAACCAACUGAAAAACGUAAUAAACGUGUUGAAAAUAAUUAUGUUAUGAAAAAUGAGGUUGCAACAGUGUUCGUUGGAUUGAUGUGCUUUUUGUUAGUAACAUAUACGUUCCAUUGUACAUGGGUAACAUCUGAGGCGUACAGUUCACCAAGUAUUGUAUUAUCAGCUCGAUCACACGAUGGGGGUCGUAUAAUUUUUGAUGAUUUUCGUGAAGCAUACUGGUGGCUACGAAUGAAUACACCUGACGAUGCUCGUGUCAUGUCAUGGUGGGAUUAUGGUUAUCAAAUAACAGCAAUGGCGAAUCGAACAAUUUUAGUAGACAAUAAUACAUGGAAUAAUACUCACAUAUCACGUGUAGGUCAAGCGAUGGCCAGUUCUGAAGAGAAAGCGUAUGAAAUUAUGCGAGAGCUGGAUGUUGAUUAUGUUUUAGUCAUAUUUGGUGGUCUUACAGGAUACUCAUCUGAUGAUAUUAACAAAUUCUUAUGGAUGGUAAGAAUCGGUGGCAGUACUGAUAGAGGUGCUCACAUAAAAGAAUGGGAUUAUUAUUCACCAACUGGCGAAUUCCGUGUAGAUAAAGAAGGUUCACCAACUUUAUUGAAUUGUUUAAUGUAUAAAAUGUGCUAUUAUCGAUUUGGACAAGUUUAUACUGAAGGUGGAAAGCCACCUGGAUAUGAUCGUGUUAGAAAUGCAGAAAUUGGUAACAAAGAUUUCGAGUUAGAUGUAUUAGAAGAAGCGUAUACGACUGAACAUUGGCUAGUACGCAUAUAUAAAGUAAAAGAUUUGCGUAAUCGAGGAGCAUAAACAAAUAAAAUGAAAUUACCAAGUGCUAAACCAAUGAAAAACAUUUUACAAUUCUUACAUCACGUUUUUUUGAACAAAACCAAUAUUCAAUUUAUAAUUUUUAUUUUAAAUGUUCCAUGUAUAUUUACUAUAUCUCGUUAUUUGAGAUAAAUUGUUAAUAUUUUUUGCUCUAUUCCUCUCUAUCCCAUUUUUAUUUUGCAUCAUACAAGAUAUGAUCUUUCAAUUUGUGUAUAUUUUAUUUCUAUAUCAUUAUGUGUACGUAAUUUCAUUACUGAUUUAGACUGUUUUUAUACACGUUCAAGUAAAUUUUCUGAAUGACUAUCUCUCUUUAUAA